AUGUCCAGCUCCGACUCAGACAGCGAGAUCGAGCCGCGUCGCCCAGCACACUCGAAAUCGGGGUCUCCAGCUUCGACACCUUCCGAGCGGUCACCAACUACGAGACGGGCUGUGCUGAAUGACGAUGAAGAUGACAAAGGAUCUACGCCUUCACAUAGAUCUGCUAGCAAUUCACCAGAACGUCGCCCUCAAUCGUCUGAUGAAGAGGCAGUAAUUUCACCAAGAAAGAAGCGUGUGCUCGGCUCGUCGGACGAAGAAGAAGAGGAGGAAGGCGAGCAGAACGUGACACAGAAGGAAAAACUUUUUGGUGAUGAUGUUUCCAGCGACUCUGAUGCGGGAAAUGCCGGACGAGAUGACGAUGACGAUGAUGAGGGAAGAGCCGCUGUGGAUUCCGACGGUGGGGAAGAACAGAAAGAAAAGCUGCUCCCCGCUGUCAUUGAAGCAACAGCUACCAGAAACGUCAUUGAUUUUGGCGAUCAGGUCGUGUUCAUGAGAUUGCCGAAUUUCUUGUCUCUGGAGAAAAAGGCGUUUGAUCCUGAGGACUUUUCUGAAACCGAGGAAGAUUAUGUAGAUGAGGAAGGGCGGCGACACAAGCUGAAGGUGGGAAACGUGAUCCGUUGGCGCAGGGUGGUAAAGGACGAUGGCACUGAAACAAGAGAAAGCAACGCCAAAGUCGUGAAAUGGUCCGAUGGAACGAUGUCUUUGCGCCUCGGCACCGAAUAUUUUGACUUCGGCCUCGCGGAGACGAACGAGUUCAGUCAUUUGUUCUUGCGUCAAGGAACUGGACUUGUCUCGCAAGCGUUCUUCCCCGACAGAGUGGUCUUCCGCCCGCAUUCGACCAACUCGAAAACUCAUCAGAACGUCACAAAAACAAUGGCCGAACGGACGAGACGUGGCGCGCAGAUUAGGAUGAUUGCCAACGAGGGGAUCAAUCCGGAAAAGGAAAGACAGGAAGUGGCUCGCAAAGAGGAGGAAAAGUUUCGGCAAGCCAUCCGCGCCCAGUUUGCCACGCAUGCACGUGGCCGACGCGACAGAGAAUUCCGUACAUACCAUGGCGAGGAGGACGACUAUGAUCCCGACUCGCUCAAUACGAUCAAACGCCGCUAUGGUGCCCCGGCCCCAAUUGUUGGACAUCGCAGCGAGAGCGAAAGUGAAGAUGAAGCCGCAGGAGGCAUUAAUUCCUCCGAUUCUGAUGAGGAAUUCCGUAGAAACAAGGCAAAAGCCAAGAAGAUUGUCGUGCAGGACAGCGAUGAUGAC